AUGAAAGUUAAAAAAAAUAUUGACUAUGAGAAAAGAAAUGGAGAGUGGAGGAAGUUACUGAGAACUUCAGAGAGAAUUUGGAACAAAAACUUAUCAACCAUUGUCAACUGGUCUCCAUACUCAACUGAACAAGAACUUCUUCAGCAGAUCAAUUGCAUGUUGGAUCAUGGUACUAAAGUUAUAAUAUAUAAUCUUUGGGAGGAUGAAGAAGAACAGCUUGAACUUGAUUUUGAUACAGAUCCUCUUGACAUUCAAAUUAGAGGAAUCAACAGAGAUGAGAGGAUGAUUAGCAUGGUACAACAGUUUCCAAACUCGAAACACUUCUUGACUUAUCAACAUUCCUUGAGGAGUUAUGCUUCAAUUCUCUAUCUGAGGCUUCCAACUCAGUUUCGAAUUUAUCUUCGCGGCCUGGAAGUGAAACACCAUAACAUGAUCAAUGACAUGAUGUUGAUUAAGGAGAUGACUUACAAACCUCAGAUUCAGAUUCAGAACAGUAUGCUGAGACAAGCAGUUUCUAAUGUGACAAUUGGGUUUGUCAAGGAUGCACAUCAUCACAUUGAUGUUCAAGGUUUCAAUGUCUAUCAUAAGAAUAGACUCAUCAAGCCAUUUUGGAGGGUUUGGAAUCCUGCAGGCAGUGACGGUCGUGGAGUGAUAGGUGUUUUGGAAGCUAAUUUUGUUGAACCAUCUCAUGAUAAACAAGGCUUUGAACGCACAACCGUUCUUUCAAGACUCGAAUCGCGCUUGCUUUUUAUGCAAAAGAACUACUGGAGGUCAAAUUGUGGGAGAGUUGGUUAUGCUGCAAGACGAGUUGUUGAUGAUCAAGAACACAUUCCAACUAAUCACAAUGGGCUUGUUUUGCGAUCCUCACCAGCCGUGAAUGCCAAUUUAAUUCCUCGGUCAGGUGAAAGAUCUAAUGGUGCGUCAAAUUCUCUUAUGGAGGCUCAGCAAGAAAGGCCACAAGCUUCUGUAACUGAUGAAAAAGCUCAACCUCAAGACACUGCUGCAGAAGGAGCUGAAUAUGCUGCAUCGAAAGAGAAACCCCAUGACACUGAGUCAAAAGAAAAUACAUUGGGCCAAGAGACUGCUUCAAAAGAAAAUGUCUUGGACCAAGAGACUGCAUCAGAGAAAAGACCCCAUGAGACUGCUUCUAAAGAAAGAGCCCAAGAGACUGCAUCAGAAGAAAGAGCCCAUAAAAUGACUAGGAUAAGUUCACAGGUGGCCUCUACAUCUGAAGGUUACCAAAUCAAGAUGGAAGAGGUGAAAGGAAACACAAUGGAAAGAUCAGCUGCUAGAAAUGCAGUAUACAUGAAGCUUGAAUUAAAGUAUGUCUCAACUUGCCAAAACGAGAGAUGCAAAUCUCUCAAACUGGAACUUGAGGAGACAAAAGAAAAGAUGAUGAAUUUGGAUAAAGAACAAUCCAAACUAAUUGGUAUACUCUUGGAGGAAAGGACGAAAGGAGAAAUGGAAGAGGAUAGACUGAAGAAUAGCUUAAUGGAGGCUAAUAAAACCAUCUCGGCUCUGACUGAGAAGGUGGCAGAGCUCGAAAGAGUUAUCCAUACAGAGGCCAAGCUGAAAAAAAGUGAAGACUCAGUCACCAUGCUUCCUAGCUGAUUAGGUUUUAUAUGUGAAAUUUCGUUUUUCAAAAUAUUGAUCUCUUUGCACUUUGCAGGCUUAAGAGUUAAGACUCGGUUAAUAAGUUACAUUUUAUUUGAAUAAUGCUUAUCUGUACGCCUAUGCUACACUUCUGAAUUACAUAUUAUGAUAAUGGAGUUUUCUUAUGGUCA